GAGGAUUUUUAACUAAUUUUGUCGAAAUGAAGAAAAAGUUAAAGGAACUAUACGGAUUAAAUAGUUUUUUAACCCGAGACAGUUUCCAAAAUUUGAUCAAAAAAGAGCAAGUUAGUUUGGAAAAAAGAAGAAACAAAUUACAAAAUAUUUAUGAAGGAGUAAUUAAUUUGUACCAACAACCCGAUGCUUUAUUUAUUAUUGGUCUAAAUAAAGAAAAAACUGCUUUUCGGGAAGCCAAAAAAAUUGGGAUACCGGUCAUUGCCGUUUGUAAUACUAAUUGUAAUCCUCGUUUGGUUGAUUACGUUAUUCCGGGUAAUGAUGAAAGUGUUAAGUCAGUUACUUUUUUUGCUAAUUUAGUGGCUGAUUCCAUUAUUGCGGCUAAGAAGGGCAAAGAAUUGGGAGAGAAUGGGGUUGAUGGAGAAAAAAAUAAAGUAGAAUAG